UGAUGUGCAUGUGAAAUUUAGCCAAGAAGAGUGGGCUUUGCUGGAACCUUCCCAGAAGCAACUCUACAAAGAUGUGAUGCUAGAGACCUGUAAAAACCUCACUGCUAUAGGCUACAAUUGGGAACACCAUAAUAUUGGAGAACAUUUUCAAAGUUCUACAAGUAAUAAAAGCGUUCUUCUCUCACAAGGUGGAACACAAGAGCAAGACCCACAACGGCAGGAGCUUCCAGAGGACAAGGACGCUGCCAAGUGUACCUGUGUACCAAGUGGAUGCGUGGUGCCUGAAGAGACCAGAAGAGGGAGCUGAAUCCCCUGGAACUGGAGUUACAGAUGGGGUGAGCUACCAGUAUGCAGGAGGUUGUGUUUGGGCAUCCAAUGAAGAGAAAGGAACAGAGGAAGCAGAGGAGGAUGGAGAUGAGCAGUGUGUAGCUGAGAGUCCUGUUAUUGGCCUUAACAAUGGCUGA